AUGAAGGUUCAAAACUUACAACACAAAUUCAAGUGUAAUUUGACGAAUUUAAUAAAUUAUUUCCCAAGAAAAGGAAAGAAAGCUUGUGAAAUUCAUUGUGAGAAGAAUGCUAACGAAAACGUAGCCAAAAACAAAGGGAAUACUCUCCAAGUCAACAUAAUGCAAAAAGAAAAUAAAGUACCAUCAGAGACCUAUCAGUAUGUGGGGCCAUACCGAUUAGAAAAAACCUUGGGCAAAGGCCAAACUGGUGAGUUCAGCAUGACAUUAUAA